UAUUCAGUGUUUUUCCAGGUACACAUUUCAAAUCCCACUUUGGUGUUAACUGUAACAGUCCAAAAGCAUGAAAUGAAAGGAGUUCUUGAAGAAGAUUCAGAUAUCUGCCAAGGCAGUAAACCAAAAUGGAAGGAGCGGUUUACAUUCAGGGUAGAGUAUCCCUCUGCAGAUAAGCAGUACAAGCUUAUACUUAAGCUCAUGGAUCAUGAUACCUUUUCCUCAUAUGACUCUCUUGGCGAAGCGACUAUCUACUUGAAGGAAUUGAUUGAAUUGGGAUUGGAGAAUGGAAAAGCUGAUAUUCAUCCUCAAAAAUAUAGUGUGGUUGGCAGUGAUCAAUCUUACUGUGGGGAAAUUCAAGUUGGCCUCACUUUCACCCCUAAGAAGACAGCUGCAGUAGAAGAAUAUGGUGGAUGGAAGGAGAGUGACUGCUGACUAGCUAUAGUUCCUAUAUGUAUUUGUCAGAUUUUGUACACUUUGCUGUUUUAGCACGAAGAUGAAGAUCCUCACAAGUUUUUCUUAUAUUUAUGCAAUGUUAAAGUGACUGUUUGUUGUACUUAACAAAGCAAUUGACGUUAUCUUAAGCGUAAGAAAAGCUCAUUAUAGUGCACCAUAUGUAAGUGUUAGA